AGGGUGGGGGAGAUGGGUUAAACAUUUGUUUCCAUAUGUUAGCCCACCCUCCUACUCUUCUUGGCUUGUAGAUGACAAUGGCCUUCUAGCUGGACCCUGGUUUGGCAUAAACUUGGGGUUCUGACCCCGGCUGACUGUGUUCCUGCAGCUGGCCUUUCAUUGCCUCCCUUUCUUUGCUCGGGGGAUUAAUGCAGAAAAGGUGUGUUUGUCAGCACAAGUGUCUGCCUGUACCGCAGAUUCCUGAUAUCAGGAGAAGAAGGGCUGGCUGCUUCCUACCUGUAUCCUAGUAAGGGUUCCAGACCUGGUCUUGACAACUCACCCCAAGCAUUCAGCUGCCCGGGACUGGCAAGCCGGUGACCUGGAGGGAUCAGAGGUACUCCUAGCUGGUUCUGGAAUUUAAAUAUUGCCUGGAUCCCCAUUUGCUGCCAGGAUUCCGGCUGCAUGAGAAGUUCUUGCUUGUAAAAGUUUCACAUAUACGGGACACAGUCAUAGGUCUCCUGUCUGCAACAUAUUUGGGAUUUGUAAGGCACACCGUUAUUUUGAGAAGACCAGUCUGUCCUCCAAUGAUGUGUCGUCAGAUCUAAGAUUGGGAUCUCCGCUGGACUGUGCCCGCAACAUCCUCAGAAUCCCUGGGAAUGACAUUUUGAAAACCUCACAGUAUUUAUUAUGGCGUACAACCGCAGUCUCACCUCAAGCAUCGUCUCCAGUCUAUUUGGGCUGCACAUGAUAAAAACCCAGAGAGCUGGAAGGAAUUGAUUUCUAAUAAAUGAACUAAGGGCCUGUGUGAUUCUACAUGUUUGGAUCAGAACAUCAACACUAGGAAAUCUCCCAUCUGUCUACCUGCUUAACCCCACUGAGGGUUCUCCUUGCUGAGUUUGGGGUCACAUCUAAUUUGUCUGUGAGGUUGGAUAACCCCCCCACUCUGGAUCAUAAUAGGCCAGGAUUUUCUGGAUUGUGUUCUACUUGAGCAAACAGUACGGGAGCUGUUUGUACCAAGCCUUGGAACUGAUGCUUGGUCCAUGUGUAAAGCGAGAGAGUCAGUGAUCGCUCGGAGAGAGGAAUUUGGCUGCCUGCCUGUUAGAGAAGCCCCUGCUUGUCAGGAUUACAGAAAUCGGGGAGUAAACCGCAAAGAGGAUUGAGAGGUAGAAGAAUCAUCUCUCCCGUUACAGAGAACUGGGAUAUCCCUAUAACUCUUCUCACUCUGCAGCGCUCUCUUCCCACAAGAUGGGACCUGCGUUCCUCCAAUCACCAUAAGCAGCAGGACAGUCAGACUGUGUCCUUCCUCUGGAGACUCUGCAUUGCUGACCAUGCUCUGCUGCCCCCCACUCCUGCUCUCCGCCUUGUGUUGGGUCCUGUUUAUGUACCAGACAUCGGUAAAAGGUGACGAGUGUGCGGAGAGCUGUGACCUGUAUCACGGACACUGUGACGAAGACGGCGUGUGCAGGUGUGACCCCGGCUGGGAUGGUACAUUUUGCGAGGACUGUGUAAGAAUGCCAGGCUGCGUCCAUGGUGUCUGUCACCAAUCCUGGCAGUGCAUGUGCCUGAGUGGCUGGGCUGGCAAGUUCUGCGACAGAGACCUUCACCUCUGUGAGCACGCCAAUCCCUGCCAGAAUGGGGCAGAAUGCAUCAUCGACACAGAGGGAGAAUACACCUGUAUCUGCCCAGAACCGUUCCACGGCAAGAACUGUGAACUCAAGAGAGGACCCUGCGAGAGGGAGGGGUUCCCCUGUCUGAAUGGUGGGACGUGCCAGGAUGAGAGCGGCUACGCGGACACGUUCACUUGCCGCUGCUUGGCUGGCUACGUGGGCAGACUGUGCGAGACGGACGUAGAUGACUGCUUGAUGCGCCCCUGUGCUAAUGGAGCCACGUGUAUUGAUGGGGUCAACCGGUUCUCCUGCGAAUGCCCCCAAGGCUUCCAGGGUCGCUUUUGUACAGUCAACAUUAAUGAUUGUGCCGGACAACCUUGUCAAAAUGGAGGACGGUGCUAUGAUCGGAUUGGGGACUACGAGUGUUACUGUCUCAAAGGAUUCACUGGAAAAUCCUGUGAGAUCCCUCUUCCCAAGCCCACGUGGGACUAUGCUGCUGAGACGUCUCCACAAGACCAACUGGCCCAAACACAGCUAGUGAGGACUAGUAGCACCAGCAGGUGGAGCCCUGUGCCCACCGUGAAGCCAAAUCAAUUCAAAAUCUCAGUAAAGGAAGUGGUGACCCAGCGGGAACAUGGGCUGACCGAACUGCAGUUAAUUAUUGUAGUCGUGCUUGCAGUAAUAACCGGCCUUUCCAUUCUCCUGACAGCGCUACUGGUCCUAUGGCAUCGGACCCAUGGUGCCAGGCAGACAGGCUGGUGCAAUGACACCUCCGCAGACAGCAAGACGCAUUACCACCAAUGUCAGGGGACUUCCCUUGACCACCGAAAAACCACAGAGUUGUGAAGCUUCACCAUAAACAAUGUGGCUGUAGAUGCAACAGGCUCUCAGUGUCAUGAGCCCUGGGAGACCUGUAGCUGAUGAUGCUUUAGCACCACCCAACUUAUUGUGGAUGAUUGGAAAUAUUCUAGAACAGCAUUUUAGGCUUAUCCUGAGACCAACAUUGACGGCUCUAUGGAACCCUCCACAUAAAUUCUUUAUCUUUGAUGCACUAGAAACUAAUGCACUGAAUGUACCAUAACCUGCUCGUAGGCCACACUGCACUGCCGACUAGCUAAAUCCUCUGAUGGGUGGGGCUAAUUUAUACACAGAUGAUUAAUCAACCAGUCUAUGGUAUAUCAUGCCCCCCCCAUUCAGUCCAGGAAAUCUGCUUUUCUAAUGAUCUAGAAUUGCCUGGGCAGUAUGCUCUGUCUGCCACACACAAAGAGCCCGCUACAUGGUGUUCAGGAGUCUUCUGCCACCCUUGGACUGUGCCCACUUGGCUGAGGGAGAGUGCUCUAAAUGGGUUAUAGACACCGCGUUGGGAGGGCACCUCGGACACGUUGGUUCAGAAUCAUCUGUUUCUCGUAGUCCGAAACCAGUAACCGUUGGGGUUUUGUUCUUGAAGACAAACCUCUCCGGGUCUGUCCUUUGUUACACGAGUCAUGUUUGAUGGUUAUUACAGAACCAUUUGGUACUGAAAUGAAAAAGUCAUGCGGCAGAAUGUUUUUUACUUUUAUCUGUUUAUAUCUCAUAUUAAAGAGAAACCAGAGUAUUUAA